UAGAACAGGGGUAUCUUUAACCCUGGCUGUGUUAAUAUAUAUAUAUUGAGGAGGCUGGUAUGCUUUGUUUGGUUGACUGACGGGAAGCUUUGCUAAGUGGAGACAAGAAAUAACACAUCAAUAUGUCACCUAAGAAGGCAAAGAAGAAGGCGGAGAAGGCCAGCUCCAAUGUGUUCUCUAUGUUUGAGCAGUCCCAGAUCCAGGAGUUUAAAGAGGCUUUCACCAUCAUGGACCAGAACAGGGACGGCUUCAUUACCAAAGAGGAUCUGAGAGACACCUUCGCAGCGCUGGGACGUCUCAAUGUGAAGAAUGAGGAGUUGGAUGACAUGGUGAAUGAGGCCCCUGGACCGAUCAACUUCACCGUCUUCCUCACCAUGUUUGGAGAGAAGCUCAAAGGAAGCGAUCCAGAGGAGACCAUCCUGAACGCAUUUAAGAUCUUCGACCCUGAGGCCUUAGGUCACAUCAGUAGUGAUUAUAUCAAGACCAUGCUGAUGACAAAAGCAGACAAAUUCAGUGAGCUGGAGGUCCAGGAGAUGUUUGAGGCGUUCCCUCCUGACGUCUCCGGAAAUCUCGACUACAAGAACCUGUGCUACGUCAUCACCCACGGAGAGGAGAAGGACCAGGAAUGAGCAGGAAGUGAUCAGUCUUCCUGUCUGGAAAUAGUGACAGCUUACAACCCUGGUACUAACAAAAGGUGUAAACAAACAGAUUCCUUUGCCAGCAUAACCUGAUCUCUUUAUUGUGCAUUGCUGCUUUUACAAAAAUAUCUACCCCAAAUUCAGCACAGAGUAGAAAUCAAUAGCUAGGAUUAUUUUCAAAGGUUGAGAAAUACAUGUUAAUAAAGCUCUGGAACUAAA